GGCUUCAAAAGGCAAAGUUCGAGGGAUAAGCGGACAGUAUCCUCUGGUUCAGAACGUGACUGUGACAGAGGGUGGGAUAGCGAACCUGACCUGCCGUGUGGAGUUUAAUGACAACACCUCCCUCCAGUGGUCAAACCCAGCACAGCAGACCCUCUUUUUUGGGGACAAGAAGGCUCUAAGGGACAACAGAAUCGAGCUUGUGCGUGCAACAUCAUCAGAGUUGACCAUCAGCAUCAGUGAUGUCACGCUGUCUGAUGAAGGCAUGUACACCUGUUCUCUCUUCACCAUGCCUGUCAGAACGGCCAAAGCUUAUCUGACUGUUCUGGGUGUGCCAGAGAAGCCAGAGAUCGAUGGCCUGACAAAGCCCGCCAUGGAGGGAGACCACAUCACUUUGACCUGCAUCACCCAGGGCAGCAAGCCCGCCGCUGACCUGCGCUGGUUCAGGAAUGAAAAGGAGGUCAAAGGUGCCAAAGAGGUGAAUGCAAGUGGGAAGACAUUUACAGUACGGAGCUCUCUACAGCUGCAAGUGGACAGAAAUGAUGAUGGAGUGGCCUACACCUGCAGAGUGGACCACGUGGCACUCACACAAGCACCACAGCAGGCCACUGAAGUACUGGAGGUCCACUAUGCUCCUCGUGUGGAGAUCACCCAUUCCCUUGAAGUCCCUCAGGAGGGUCAGUACUUGAAGUUGGAGUGUGUCUCCAAAGGAAACCCUUCGCCAGAUCCUGUGAUGUGGACAAAGGAUGGAAGUGAACUUCCUGACCUGGACAGGAUGAUUGUAGAAGGAAGAGAGCUUACCUUUACGUCUCUUAACAAGACAGACAAUGGGACCUACCGCUGUGAAGCUAGCAACCACCUAGGGACCAGCAGUGCUCAAUAUGUACUCUACGUCUAUGACGCCCCCACCACCCUGCCUCCACCCACCACUCCCCCCCUACAUCCCAUCACUCCAGAUCCUACCGCACUAUUAGGCUCCCACGCCUCAGACCCCACAGUCACUGGCAACAGAGAUCCCAAUGCUCUUGGGCAGCACGGCACUGACCAUGCCUUGAUCGGAGGAGUGGUGGCUGUAGUGGUCUUUGUCACCUUGUGUCUAAUCAUCGUUCUGGGAAGAUACCUGGCCAGGCAUAAAGGAACAUACUUGACAAACGAGGCCAAAGGAGCGGAUGAUGCCCCCGAUGCCGACACAGCCAUCAUCAACGCCGAGGGAAACCACGCGCACGCGGAAGAAAAGAAAGAAUACUUCAUUUAGACUGCAGGGGGAGCUGUGCAGCUCUUGCCUUCUCAUUUCCUUCUUUCGAUCUCUGUACUUCUUAUUCUCUCUUUCCGUCUCCCACUUUUCUUGUUCUCCUCCGGCCACUGGCCCCCAUCAUGUCAACAAGGAACCCACAGGCAGUCCACAAACAGACAAGUUCCCAGUGUGUUUUCCUGUUAUUUCCUUCUGUUGAAACGAUCUCUGUCAUUUACAUCUUGUCCUUUAUUUUUUCAUUGGUUUGGGGGUUUUUUUGUUUGUUGUUUUUUGCUUUUGGCAGAUGUUUUUCACUGGCAGCUUGCUGUUGCUGCUGAAGUUGCCCCUUUGUCACUUCCUCAUCUUCAACAUGAAUACCUAGAAAUCUGUAAAUCUACCAUGACUGCUCCUUAGCCCUCUCGUUAGUCUUUGCUCCUCUUCCCCACCAAGCAGACACCCAAACACAUAUUCCUGUUCACACACAUCCAUGAACACAUAUCAUCUCUCACAUCAACACGGUGCCUAAAAAUACAGACGCCAUUGAACUUCUGUCAAUGCCUUCAUGUAUCGUCUGUCAGUAGCAAUGUAAAUGCUUUGUAGAUGGUUACCUUAGCCAUCAUUCCAUUGCUUAGCUCACAGCUUUUGAUUACGCAUCGAAUCUUUUUUUUUUCUGUUUUCUUUUUCUUUUUGAAUGACAAUUUGUGCUAUUUACGCCUUAUACAUGUCUGUCACACUAAAUAUGGUACUUUUAGGUGAUCCACUUUUCCCUAUUCCAUCUCCCUCUAAAUAGAGUUGUAAUUAAACCGUUGACCCUUGUAAGAUACGAAGAAGGACUUGUGUAACACUGUAGCAAGGUUUAUCAGAUACAGUAAGUGUACAAUAUGAUUUGCAUUAUUAGGGUAGGAGUAAUAAAGGGUAGUGUGGUAUUGUUUAGAGCAGAGAAAAACACACCAAAAAUAUAUGAAAGAUGCUAGGUCAAGCAUUCCUUUUCAGCAAGCAUAAUCAAGUAUAUAAAACCACUUGCUAAAUGUGCUGCCCAGGUACUUUUACCUGUAUAGUCCUGCACCGUCCAGGCAGCGGUUUAGCAAAACACCAUCACCUUCAGUGUCAUCUGAACAGCUUACGGUAGUUUGUGUUUUCCAUAAAGGGUUCAGGUGUGCAGAAAGAGUCACUCUCCUCUCUCUGUAUAGGCUGUAUAAAUUGUAUUCAAAUAACUUUAGCUUUUCACUUUGAAUAAUUUGGUUAUCGUUUGUCACAUUGGAAUUAUUUUAAGGCUUGAAGAACCCGUGAAAUGUAAACUCAACCAUAAGGUGUUAAAACAAGACCAGACCAAUAACAUCUGUUUGAUUACUGUCAUUGUUUUUGAUUCUGUCACCUUCAAAUUUAUUUUUAAAUAGUUUUUAAUAGUUUAGUGAAGCUGCCCUCAUCAGCUUGUCAUGCUUUUUAAGCCUAUUUUCCCAGUCUGUCUCCAUUAACUCAACUUUCAUUUCCAUUUCACGGGGUCUUCAAGAAAAAAAAAAAAGCAAAUAGAAAAAGAAACAAAUGGUGUGAGUGCUGGGUCAGGGAUCUGCAGGGGCCUCUUUUCCAAAACUUAAAAAAAACUGAAAACAAAUAGAAAAGCACAAAAUUGUCUGAAUGAGUUACUGUGUUCAUUUGCCAACAACUAGAUCGCCUUGUGAACGGUUCUUUCAUUCAAAUGGGUAACGAGAAGAUGACAAGGCUGUCUUUGAUUCAAUUCUGAAGAAAAAAAAAAGUGCAGUGCAUCUUUUUGAAAAUGUAAGC